AUGCCACCAGGGCGGAAGAAGGCAGGUACACAGGGGGAGACGAAGGGUCAUUUGAGCGUGGGAGAUUUGGUGCUGGCCAAGGUGAAGGGUUUCCCUGCUUGGCCCGCCAAGGUAUGCGGUUUUUUGUUGCUUCCUCUUCAUUGUCGUGUCGGACUAGUAGAACUUCUCAUUCGGCAGCACUGUCCUUCAAUUUUAUUUUAUGGACAUUCCUAGUGUUUAGGUCUUCAUUAAGCUGGGAUGAAGGUGUGUGCGUGGGGGGGGGGGGGGGUGUUUAUGCAGGGAACCUCAAUUUCUAUAUGUAUAUGGUCGAUGCCUCCUUGGUUCUUUCUCUUACUCUGCGUUGAAGAACCACGCUUCUUCGUUCAUUUGUUUCGAUCUCUAUAGCUGAGGAAUAUAUUUCUUUUUGUAUUCUGUCUUUUCCCCUUAUUUAUUGACAUUUCAUUUGGUCAUUUUUUGCUUUACUUUUCGGUGACCUGUUGUCAGAUAAGCAGACCUGAAGAUUGGGAUCGAUCACCCGACCCUAAGAAGUGUUUUGUUCAAUUCUUUGGGACAUCUGAAAUGUGAGUAAUUUUUAUUUAUGUUUUGCCACAUUUUUUCUGAAAAAAUAAAGAAAUCUGUUUUGAUGAAGAUAACAACUCUAUCUUGUCGUUCAGCGGUACCUUGAAAUAUGUGUACAUAAUAAUGUCUAUAAAUAUCAGGGGGCCAUAAUGAAUUUGAUACCUUUUGAUUUUUUCCAGGUCAAGUUAUUUUGUUUAGUGGUCUGAUCAUAACAAUUACGAUGAGUUUUAAUGGUAUUGUCAGAGAAGGGUGUUGGUGCCCAAUGUUUGCAAGAACCGUCAAGAUGAAACGUUUGGAUUUCUGAUAGAUCUUUACCUGUAAGAGAGAAGAAUGUAGGUCAGGGCUAGAUCCAUGGUAGUAAAAAAUGGGGAGACGUAGCAAGCCUGCAAGGUGAUUAUUGGUGAUGACAUCAAGAAAAAUCGACUCAUCAUAUUUGGGUAGUUCCAUCUCCUUUGGAUGUAAAUUUUUUAGGGUGGAAAAUUUAAAUAGUGUUAUUGGGUAGCUUGCAUUCUAGGUUUACAUUAACACCUCAUACAGUUUAUUGGAGACAAGAAUUGCUUGUUCUGUAGAUGUUUCUUCUCACUUUAGGCAUGGCUAAGGAUCUUCAGUAUGACACGGAUUAGAUGCCUCAUCCUCACAGGUAUGAAAUAAAUAUAGAGAUGUUGGAAGCAGUAUAGAAUAUCAGAAGGGAUUAUGUAGUUUGGCGUUUCAUAUUGCAUAUAACCCUUUGAGCUAUUUGGAAGGAAGAGAACUGUUGAAUUUUUUGGCGUGAGAGUUACUUGGUGUAGGGGGGUUUGACUCUCAAUAUUUUCUACUGUGCAAGAGUGGGGAAUGUUGAUAGGUGAUUUGGGAGGGAAUGUGUCUACUUUUUGGAGAUCCCCGUCUUUUAAGAAUUGCAUCAUCGUGUGCACUUUCUGGUCUGAUGCGUUGUGUGUAUUCUCUUCUGAUUACUGAAUGUUUUCAUGUUGGUAUAUAUCCUUGUUUCUUUUUUUCUUGAUGAAUGACUUCGUGGUACUAUCCACAUCAAAAGGAAGAUGCUUUAAUAAAACUUUUUGAUGAGGCUAAGACGUUUAUUAACUAAUCGGAUAGUUUGAUCCUGUGGAAGGUCUAUUAGUAAAUGGUGAGCACUUUUAUUGGAAGUUACUCAAAAUUCCUUUUUUUAUUAGGAACAUAAUCUCUAGUCGGAGUAUGACAAUAAGCUUGUCAUAAAUACGUUUUUAUUUAGUCGAAUCCUGCUCCAUGCCAGUUGUUGAUCUGAUAGACUAGAACUAGAUGACUCAUGUCACAUCCUGAAUCAUGUUCGCCAAUCCUGUUCACGUUGGUGCUUGACCCUAACAUUUCGUGGAGAGUUCUCGAUCUUGUUUUAUGAUGGGGGUCGACUAAUGUUCAUAGUACUUUUGUCCUACAACUGUCGCUAUUAUGUAUGAUUAGUGAAGGGCAAUAGUCCAAAGACACUUUCAUGUGUAUUCAUCUUCUUCUUGGCAUCAUGGUUAUACACUCUACACGUGGCUUGACUUUCAAGAAGUUCGCCCACUUUAGAAAUGCCCAUGUAACUAACUGUCAGUGUGAGAGCUUUCCCUCUCCAUUUCAGAGGGAAGAAGAUGCUGAUCCUUGGCAGCGUCCGUGACACCCUCUUCCCAACGACCGGAUUUAAAAAAGCUUCAGUGCUAACUUGGUGGAUAGCUCUUCAGCAUUCACAUGAUUAACGUCGCAUCUGUCCUGUUCCUGCAUAUUGUUGAAGUUUAAUUCAUUAUGUAGCCUCCCUGUGAAACUCUAGAGCACCUUUCAUGAUUUUCUGGAAACUUCUAGCUUUCCUCUUGGUUGGAAUCACCUGCAUGGUCAAAUUUACAUUCUAAAUAAGCCCUUAUGUGCUUCCGUCAUCCAACAUUAGUACUAGCUCUUCCACGGAGGUCGUGCUCUGUCCUCCAUCGAAUGAUAGUCUAGGUUCAUGUCAAAGAUGAGUUCUAUCGGCUUUUGUGUGGGCAUCUGACUUAGCGAUACUUCAAAAUCUUGUUACUACUCUGACCGUCUAAUCCCUCCUUAAUGGGUGGGACUAGUGAAUAGACAGUACUCCUAAUGCUGAUGUUUAUCUGUUGGUUGAUUUUCAGUAAAGUUAUGAAUAUUCACUUUCAGAGAAAAGAGAGUAAAUUUUCGCCAUUGAUAGCAUACCAUGCAGCUGACAGAUUUCUUAUAAAAAAAAUAUUGAAGGAAGGCUCCAUCCCUUUCCAUUAGAGGGUUCCAGAUGGCUUACUUCCCGCACUCCUACUUUUGUAAGAGUGUAAUAUGCUUUGGAAAUAUAUUCUGGUGAGAGGUCGCUCUCUGCAUGCCGUUCUGUAAUUCCAUUUUAAUCUCAGUUCACGAAACACUAAAUUGUUACUAAAAAUAGCAUACCCAGAAAGGAUUGUAUGUGUUCCCCAUUCACCCAUGGUCCUUUUUUUCCCACCUUUUGGAAACUCCCAACCUUGAUCAAUCUCUGCUGUAAUUUGAUGUACCACAUCAUUCUGAAACUUGGAUAAUGUUUCUGGCUGAUGUCUCUUUUUUGGAGUUUGACUCAGAUGAUUUAGGCUUUGUAGAAUGUGAUUACCUUCUGAUUCAUAUCAAUUUUGUUGUUCUGCUGGAUUCCCUAAUGGACUGCAUUUUUCUUUCUUAUAGUGCUUUUAUUGCACCUGCCGAUAUUCAAGUAUUUAAUAUUGAAUCAAAGAGUAAGUUGGUUGUCCGUUCUCGGGGUAAAUGUGCCAAAGAUUUUGGUCGUGCUGUGGAGGAGAUUUGUGAAGCUUAUCAACAGCUUCAUGGAAAGAGAUCUGAGAAACGCAGUGAUGAUGCUGCUGGGAGUGCAAUUCGCUUAUUACCUUCAGCAUCCAAUGCUGUGCAGGAUAAUAAACUCAAUGAAACCAGUAAGUCCGAAGAUAGGGCUGGAAUGCUUAAACAGGAAACACAAACUGAUGAUGAAUGCUCUCAAGAUGAAUUUACUGUAUUGAAGCACAGCUGGCAGGUUCAAGAUGGCUCUUGCCCCCCCGAUGAAAAAAACCGUGAUUUAGACAAGGAUUGCAAAACAAUGACUGCAAGUGACAGUGUGAAAAAUCUGAAGGGAAGAAGUGAGCUCGUUUCUGAGCGGCCUUCUAAGUUUUCCUCUCGUAGGGAUGAAAAAUCUCCUAGCUCUUGUACUGAUCUUGGAAAAGAAAAUGGCAUGACAGAGUGCUUUGAAAGUAAGAGGGUGGAUGGUAAGUUAAAACCUUCCGCUGUGAACAGUCCGCAGGAUCUCGUUUCGGAGAAAAAAGGGAAUGUGGGGGCACCAAAGCUGCAUAAAAAAAAUGCAGCUCAAAAGCAGGUAAAAUAUACAACUUAUGAGUCAGCUCAUAAACGUUCUAAAUCUGAAAAGAAGUUUGAAGAUGAACAUGAUGGCAGGCUGGUAAGCCCACUUGAUCGUGGAAGAGUUAAAUUUUCACAUUCUCCUGUAUCAGAUUCAGAUGCUGUUUCUGAAAAGAGAUCAAAAGGUUCCAGAAAAUCGAAGAAAGUGGCAGUUGGCAAGGGGAAGUCACCCCUGGAUCACGAUCGUAUGAAUACCAAAUUAAGCACUACUAAGGAGAGGGAUAGUGAAAUAUCAGUAAAGAAGACCCUAGUCAGUAAUAGAAAGCGGGGCAUGGAAGUUUCUGAACAGUCACAGGCCAAAAGAUCUAGGCAUGAUAUUGAUGUUGGUAAGAAAUCUAAGAGGCUGGAUACAGAUGACUCAUCUAGCAUACUUAGAGACAGAGAAGGUAAAAUGUUGAUGGACAAUUCCUCUUCAUCAAAGAAAUCUGGUAAGUUCUCACCAUCGGCAGCAGAGCCCCUGAUCAAUAUGGUCCGCCUAACUGGCAAGAAAGCUGUGACAGUUUCUACUGAAGGUGCUGAACAUGGAAGGGGUUCUGGUUUACGAAAAAAGGACACGCAACUCUCUGAUCAGAAGAAGUCUCCUUCUCAUACCCACGCGAGGCGAAGAACAUUCCGGAUUGAUGAUGACGAGGAUGAUGAAAUUCAUAGAACUCCUAUUCAUAGAAAACAUGAUAGGAUGGGUUCCCCUAAACCGAAUGACAUGUUUUAUAAAGAUAAGAUAUCACUUGAUAAGCUUGAACAUCGCGUGCAACAGAGUCCAGGUCAUAGUGAGGAAAGGAGGCCCGAAAAGUUUGUAGGAAAACAUGUCUCCCACAGCCCCGGGAAGCAAGAACAUCAAAGAUCCUCGUCCAGGGAACCCAGGAUGAUCACUCAGUCUCCCAAAGCAUCUGUCAAGCCUAGCAGUGCAGGUAAACAGGUUGAAAGCAAAAUUAAAAUUUCUACGGUCGUUUCUGUGAAGACCCAUACUGUUUCCUCCAAACAUUUGACCGGGAAUUUUGAUGAAUUAAGUCGCUUUAAUCAUGCCAUUCCUCAAAAGGCAAAGCAAUCUACAUUAGAAAAGGCAAAGGGCGCGCAGAAGGCUGAUUUGCUGAUGAAUGCAGUAAUGGAAAAUAAGACUAACGUUAAUUUUUCAGCUGAACGUAGUGCUGACAAGGAUUUCUCGAUUGAUGAGAGGUAUGUUGACUAUUUAACUCUUCUUGAUUAUGUCUGAUGCUGAUUUGCUUUACUCACAUGCCGAUUCAAUUUUCUCUUGCAUGCAGAUUGGUGGCUGCUAAUGACAGAUCAGCCAGUUCAAUCGCUGAAUCCAGUACUUCAGAUUGUACGACUUCCAUGAAACAUCUUAUUGCUGUCGCUCAGGCCAAAAGGAGGGAAGCUCACUUGCAAGGCCAUUCUCAUGAUAGAAUUGUUGGCUUGGUUUCUAGCCCUGCUGUUGCCCGGGAGAGGAGUCCUAGUCCUCUAUCUGUAGUGCAGGAUAUCUCUACUAUAAGUUUUAUCCAGAAAGAUAACAGGGAAUCUUUGUCUUCUCCAACUAGCGCUUCUCAGAACUGUGUAACAGUUGGUUGUGUGGAACCUGAAGGACAUCAUGAACGUAGUGCCAGUCCUGGAGGGCUUCCUCCUCAAGGUUCCUUGAGUGGUGGUACAGAAGCUGCUGUUGCUCGUGAUACAUUGGAAGGGAUGAUAGAAACAUUAUCAAGGACCAAGGAAAGUAUUGGACGUGCAACCCGUCUUGCUAUUGACUGUGCUAAAUAUGGGAUAGCCAAUGAGGUAAGGUGGCAUCUGUUUCAGUUGCACAGUCAUUUGAGUUGUUUAACUCUUUUCAUUCUGAGCAUGCACUUAUUGAUUACGAAUUCUUAAAGAUUGCCUAUGAUUUUAAUCUUGCUCAAACUACCCAUUUUUCUUGAAAGACAUUGUUGUGUGGCUAUCUUUGAAUUGCCAAAAGAUUUUGCAGGUUUAAGGUGAUUGAGACCACAAAAAAGAAGGUUUAUGUGGGAAAAAAAAUGUAAACAAUAUGUGCAUUACGAAUAUCAAUUUGACACCUGUCGACGUACUGUCAUGGGAUAUAAAUUAUUUAGUUUGGCUUAAAGUCUUUAGUUUUAAUUUUCUCAGUUAAAUGAUGCUAAUAUAUCAUGCUGAAAUGAUUUAUUACUUAUCAUUAUUUCCUGCUGUGUCUGCACUCACUUUCUUGAAGAGCUUUUGGGCAUUUACAUUUUAACCAGAAAGUUACUGACAAUGCAUCCUUAUUUUCUGGGGAAUUUGUUACAUGCAUUCUUUAAGAGAUCUGACAUGCUUUUCGCUAAUUUGACCAAUCUAAAAGAUCUUCCGAUGUGGCGUCUAAUUGGUUAGGAAAACGUGGGCGAUAUGCAUUGGCUGUUUCUGUAGACAUAACGUGCUAGAGUAUGGACAAAAAAAAUGAUUCUUUAGUCGACAUUUUUGCACAGACGUCCAUUGUGAAGCAACAGACCUGCAGUGUCUUUAUGGGAUUGACUUUCGUUGUGUGUGAGUGCUCUCUCUCUCAUUUAAAAGUCAAGACGAUAAUCGCAUCCUGAACUUACUACCUGUUGGAAAGAAAAGGUGAGGAAAACUGUUGAGGAUAUAAAGUAAAGAGAGAAGUCUGCUUGCACUGAACUUUAGUGAAGGGUUCUAUGCAUAUAUCUUAGUUGUAAUAUCUUUAUUUUUGAAUUUAUUGGAAUUUAUAUUCCUUAUUUGUAAUUUUCAGAGAAUUUAUGAUAGAUUUAAUUUACACUUCAAUGGGUUAUUAAUUUACUUUGUUUAUUAGGUUCAUUUUCUACUUAUCUGCUUUCCACUUUGCGAAAUGCAAUGCAUCCUUUAGAGUGACAUUCAACCAGAGGUAGAAGUAAGUGGAGAUUAUGCCGCUAAGGCUGCUACCACCUCUCGUGCCCAACUGCAAAUGUUAUUCCGUAUCCACUGCCACCAUUUUUCUCUGCUAUCUCUUAUGCUCGCUCCAUCUCUGUCAGGUUUUUUCUUUUCGUUUAGUUCCAUUAGUUUGCUCUUCUCCCACAUUGUUCUCCUUUUUCUUGUUUUCCUUCAUCUCCUACGUUUUUCCUUCUGCUUCUUCUUCUCAUGGUCGUCUCCCUUCUCUCUCUCCAUUACGAUAUGUAUCCAAAGUUAUGGCAUGCAUGGUGCUUCUGUUUCCCCUUUCUGUCUCCACGAUCAGCUACACGUACAACCAUCGUCUCCAGUCCCUCUGUCCGUUGAGUGUUCUUUUUUCUUCACUUCCCAUGCUUGUUUAAAUAUUAUCGAAUUCGUUUUUAUGCAUGUCGGAGGGAAUGCGUUUCUUAUCUUUGAUAUGACCUUACUGUUGAUAAUCACGCCUAUUGGAGUUUUUUUAAUACUCUAAAUUCAGUUUCAAUCUGUCUUUUAUUUUUAGAUUUCUGUCUUCUAUUACAAUUUUUAAUUUUUGUCUCUAAAUACUUGUCAUUUUCCUCCCAUUUUCAGCCUUUACUUACCAGUCAAUUUUCAGGUUGUUGAUCUCUUGAUUCAAAAGUUGGAAAAUGAGACCAGCUGUCACCGUAAAGUUGACCUAUUUUUUCUUGUGGAUUCCAUCACGCAGUGUUCACAUAGUCAGAAAGGUAUGCUGAUACAUGGAAUCUCUAUUCUAAGAUAAUCAUUUAAUUUUCUAGAUCGCAUUGGAGCCUACUAUCAUAUGCUUUGAUACAGGUUUUGUUAUUGCCAUGUAACCACCUUGAUUGUCGGUGGGAAUAUGCCAGAUGCACGAUCUUCUCACUCCUAUUUUUUAAGUCUAAUAUCAUUUUGUCUAAAAGUGUUAUCCGCGAAUGCUUUUUGAUAGAUUGUUGAGGCCAUAUUUUACUUUUUAAAUUCGAUGUUUGUCUGCAGGUAUUGCUGGAGCGUCUUUUGUUCCGACUGUACAGACUGCACUUCGGCGUCUAUUGGCUGCUGCUGCUCCAGCUGGAUCAGUGGCUUCUGAAAAUCGCAGACAAUGCCUCAAGGUAAAUAUCUUAGACUGAUGCACUAAUAAGAAAACAAGUUUUUUGGUUCUUGAACCAGCUUUUUUUGUUAGGUCUUGAGACUAUGGCUUGAGAGGAAGAUAUUCCCGGAAUCUGUUCUUCGUCCUUUAAUGGAUGGGAUUGAGGUCUCAAAUGACGGGUCAAAUUCUGGUAUAUUCCUCAGACGACCAUCCCGUGCAGAGCGUUCUGUAGAUGAUCCAAUAAGGGACAUGGAUGGAAUGCUUGUUGAUGAAUAUGGGAGGUAUUUCUUUUACCAUUUAAUUGUUUGCAUAUCUCUGUCGAUUUGAUGUUGUCUGUAAUAUAUUUUUAAUGAUGUUGGGUAAUGAAGAUCCAAUAGAUAAUAUAUCCCAGUUGAAGCUAGUCCACCGCGUUUUUCUUAGUAAGGUUCUUCUCUAUGGAGUUGCAUUAUUAUGAAUUAAUACUAGAAACCCUGAACCGCAUUAAUGCACUUUGAUUGAGUCGAUUAUUGACACUUAACUGAUUUUUUUGUUGAAAGCUUAUUUAUUAGGUAUUAUCUUUUAUUUAUCAUGCAUUUGCAUAGUAAUUUUUUGAAGGUUUCUGAUUGAGUUGCAAGUUUUUAAAGUCUCCCUGUACUUUUUUCCAUGUUCACAGUGAUGAUGAGCCUUUUUCGUUUGCUUUCCUUGCAUUCAAUUGUCUCCCAAUAUUAUUGUGGUGCGAAUUGAGGGUGUUUUACGUUUUGUGAAUCUCUAGAUGUCGGUGAGGGUUUUUUUUUUUUUUGGUGGGGGUUGUAAAUUUAUUCUAAACGAGAAAAGCUGGAGGUCUAGUUAUAUUAUGAACAUGGUUGGUAUAGUGGAAACGAAAAAAGGAAACUCUGAGCUUAUGCACACUCUUUUGUAUUUGUUCGGUCAAUGGAAUGCUUCUUUGAAUUUUAAGAAAAUGAAGCCCAAGAUUUAGUUUCUUCUAUGGAAAUCCAUCCUUGUUUUCAUGUGACUUCGGCUCCUGCUUAAAAUUUUCAUCUGUUUCAUUUUGGAAGUGAAAUGUUUCAACAAGCGACACAUCAAAAUUAAGGAAAUUUCUCUAUGAAUAUGGUCGGAAAAAAUGGGACACUGAAAUUAAAUUUCAGUGUGAAUCCGGCCUCACUCUGUUUUGCUAUCGCUAUGGUUCUAUUUGUUUAUGGUUGUAUAAGUUUUAACAAGACUUGCAUCAAAAUUCUAGGAAACUUCUGUCUGAAUAGAUAUUGUUCAUAUAUAUUUUUUUAGUGAAUGUGGAAUCUUCAAUGGUGUUUUAAACUCAAACUACAGAUACCUCAACAAGGAUUAGAAAGUAUUGUUAGGAUAAUUCGUUUUCAUGCGCUUUGCUUGCCUUUUCCUCUUCCUACCUCGCAAUUUAGGAGAUUUCCUUUAUACAUAUGAACCUUUAAAAUAUAACAUUGCCUUUUUCACAUCACUUUGCCUAUUCCAUUUUAAUUGGUGGUUCUCUAAAAAAUGUGCUAUCCACUGUAAUGUUUGUAUGGCUGGUAUAAAUAAUUGCUUCUAUUUCAUGUUUCCUCUAGUUGAAGAGAAGCUUCUCAGAAGGUUCUUUUUUCUCCUUUCACUAAUAUAUUUACAUCGUGGAAAAAAAAUUGCAUGUUUUUCCCUUUUCGUAGUCUUUAUCACGUGUUACAAUGUCAAUUAUUAACUUACCGUGUGCUUUUGCUCGUUUUUGUUUAAAUUUUUAGCAAUGUUGCCUUCAAGUUGCCUGGUUUUAUAUCCACCCAUGUAUUUGAAGACGAGGAGGAUCUCCCCGGUAGUUUAAGUGGUGAUGCUGGCAAUGAGUCUCCUAUAGAAGGUACCACUGCUGUGGUUAUACCUGGUACGACAAUUAUCCAUCCAAGUGACAGGCGGCACCUCAUUUUGGAAGAUGUAGAUGGUGAGCUUGAAAUGGAAGAUGCAUCUAAAGAUGACAGAGUAUUAGUCAGAAUUUCUCUCAAACAACAGCUGGAGGUUCCAGUGAUUAAUGAGACCUCGGAGUCUGGAUUAUCUGCUCAAGGAGCGCUUCCGGCUGCUGGUUCACCACCUUUACCUUUGGACUCUCCGCCUUCUCCUCCGCCCUUACCUCCAUCGCCACCACCUCCUCCUCCUCCCCCACCGCCACUGUCACCACCACCACCACUACCACCACCACCACCACCACCACCACCACCACUGCCUCCACCAUCAUAUCCACAACAUCCAUCACUUCCUCAGCCACCGAUAGCACACCCAUCUUCUUCAUCAUUGGCAUACCGACCUGCUCAUCAGGAUUAUAGUAGGAUGCCAAAUGUGAGUACAGUGAAUCUGGUCAACAUUUUUUUCCUAAUAUAUCGUGCUUUCUUGGAUAUCUCUUGUUUCAAUUCCAGUUAUUUUAGCUAAUUGACUGGAAAUGCUACACACAGGGCCAUAGUAAUGCUUCUGUGAAGACUGAUGCAGCCGUGCAACAGUCUCCUAGCUUUGCACGGAGUGCUGUAUGCAACACUCAGCCUAUUCCUUCUGUUGGCACUUCAAGGCCAUAUGAGUUUGGACAAAAUGGCAUGUACGCAGAACCCCAAGGUUGUCGAUCUAACCAGCAGUUUCAACCAGCUGGUACAUCCUUUAUGCAGAGAUCUUACAACGUUCUCACACCUGGCCACUCGAUGACAAGUUUUCCUGCUCCUUCUGGACAAGUGCUUACACAUUAUCAUGCAUCUGCUACACAACCAACACCAAAUCAUUUUCCAUUUGUGAAUUCAAUGUCCGAGCAUCAUGCACAACAACAGUAUCACGCUUAUUCUUUACCAUCUGAUCCCAAUGACCGGAGACACUAUAUUGCUGAAGAGCAGUGGAGGAAACAUUCUGGCAAUGUCAGUCUGGAAAGUCAGCAGAGUUCAUGGGUUGCUGGAGGAAGAGGACCAGCUCCUUCAGGAGCAGCAUAUGUCCAAGAUGGUAUGUCAUUGUUCAUGUUCUCAAGUAUAUCGAAUUAUAGCUAGGUUUCAAAGGAAUCAUUCUGCCUUUUUUCAGGCAGAAGCAUUAGUUUACAGAAGAAUUACUAGUUUUUUUAAAAAUGCUUCAGUGAGUUGAAAAAAUUGAGCAUUUUUCAGGCCCUGAUCAGUGCCUUUUCCCAUUUGAAUUGAGUUUGCCUUUCAUGUCGUUGUUCCAUCCCUUGGAACUCAAUGUUUACUUAGCUGUCUUGAUCUGUCAUAUAUGUCAUGUCCAGAGUCUAGUGUUCUCGUUUUGGAUUUGGUUCAUGGUUACUCAACAUCUUUCUGUUAGAGUGUCUGUUUUAGCACUGAAGCUUGGACGCAACUUUUUAUGGUUAGGUUCUAAGUAGGACUGAGUGUCGAGCUUCAGUUAUUUGCUUAAUAUUCUAUUUUAUCUUCUCUAUUCAAGAUUAUCUUCAAUGGAUCUCAUUCAAUAUAUUCAUGCAUUAGUUUAUGAGAUAUUCAUCUGAGCUAUAUCACCAGACCAAACCAAACUAAUUUACUAAGUUGAAGCUGCAGUUGAUGUAAGUAUUUGAAAGCAUUCUAUCUGAAUUUUUGAGUAGGUAACAUCUUGAGGGCUUUGUUCCAUCACAACUUUGGUUGAUGAAUAAAUUUAUGAUAAAUUAAAAUCUUUGUUAUAAGCUUUUCUAAUCUUCGUAAUAAUUUUGUUGGUUAUAUAAUCUAAUGAAACAGUGAACAAGCAUUACCAUUAACAUUAAGCCCUUUUCCCAUUAAGCUCGAGCUACGGUGGAAUCCCAGCAUAGUUGUGCUGGUUUAUUACCAGUUCCUCCGAUACCGAAUCAAUUACGAAUUUUUGCAAUGACCUAAAGCUGGUUAGUUAAUAGAUGAGGUGUACAAAUGGGUGACUGUGUGCUCUGAUUGGACUAUUGGGAGGUAACCUUACUCGCAUAUAAUGCGUACCCUAGGUUUAGAGGAACCUUCAGGAAGAAAAGAUCGUGCAGAUCAUAGAUCUCCUUCCCCUUGUUUAUUUUCUUUGCCGUCAGGUUCCUAGGCUUAUUCCUUUAUUUUCUUUCCUGUUAUUUCUUCCCAAAUGUCUGAAAUAAUUGACUAAUUCUAGCUUUCAGUCUGUAGUUUGAACUAGGUUGGCAAGAGCGGAAUAUACUCUUUUUUCGGCAUGUUAUCUCUACUCAUGAGUUAGAGUGGCUAAUUUUUUUGGUAAUCUGGGGGGGGGGGGGUUCUACAUUUUGAUAGCCAUGCUAAUGUAGGGUCACAUGCAUGUUCGUGGUGUAUUUUUUUGAUCCUGUAUAUUUAUACCUUUCUUUUAUUUUCUGAGAGUUGGCUGUAUACAGACAUGGAGAUGUUUGUUUUCUUUCCACUGAUUCCAUGGUACUAUCCCUUCAACGAAGAAUGAUAGACAAUUAUUUUAAGCAUCAACCUCUGAAAAGAAAUAUUGAUGAUUAUGUAUAUAUAUAUCUGAUGCUUUUUUUGUGUGUUGUUGGAGUAAGCAAAGAAACAGCGGUGUUUCCCCUUUUAUGCUAUGUGAUGAAGUAUUAUUGGAAAGAAUAAGAGGAGAUAUGAAGAUUUCUUUUGAAGUGUUUCAGAUAUUUUAAACAGAACUCUUGUGCCAUGAGAAAACUUGUCUUCAGUGUUGUUCAUUCUAGAUACCGAGAAUGCACCAACCCGAUGUUUAGGGCAUUCUGAUCGGUCAUCUUUAUGGAUCGGUGACCUCACUAUCUAUGUGUUUUCACAUGCGAUGUCUAUUUUUCCAUUUUUUGUGAUUCCGUAUUGUGAUCGCUAAUAUCUUCAAAACACUACGUGUGGGAUUGCAUGACACUUUUAUACGUAAUCGAAUAUUUAGUGGGACAACUUUAUAUGUGAAAGACACUCGUGUUUCCUGUUGAAGUCAAGGUAAAUUGAACCUAGCAUACCUUAUAUCGUCUGGCUGGUUUUGUUCUGGGAUCUUGUGAGGGAAUAUACUGUUAACGAAAUUUUACCUUUAUAAAAGUGAAAUGAAGGAUGACGUGUGCCUAUGCAUAGCUAAGCAAUAACCUUAGGAAUUGAGCUCUAAUAUUUUGACACUUAUAUGAGUCUUAUCUUGCUCUUAGGAUCAAUACAUGAUUCGAUAUAAGUUAUUUCGGUCAAGUUUUCUUCUUUAUGUUCGAUAUAAUUUGCGUCCAAUUACUAAUUGCUGUAGCCAUUCUUCGUUGAUAACAUUGUAAACUCUCUCUCUCGUUUACCUGUAAUUGCUUCAUGGGUUGUAAUUUUGCAUUUUCUUCAUUAUAAAAUUCUUUUGCCUAUUUCCUUUUCAGUGUUCAUUAUGAUGCUUCUGUAGCAUUUGUAGAUCUUAUUGUUAUGUCCAUGACAUAAACUAAAUGUAUCAUUCUUUCUGUGCGACCUGUGACAAGAUGGAAUGUCACUUUAAAAUUUGGUGCAGGUUCUUAUAGUUCAAAUGUGGAUAGACAACCUCAGGAAAUUCAUCCUCCACAUUCUGUAGCACCGCCUGUAGCGCCAGUUUCAGGUCCGCAUACCUAG